AUGGACCCCCCAUCGAAGAAGCGAAGCCUCUUCGGCUUCAGAGGACUUUUUCGCAGCUCGGCUACGCCCACAGAUAGCCGGGAUGCUAAGACUGAUGCGCCGAUGCAGUCUGCAGCGUCUGCACCUGCGCAGCGCGAAUUCAACAGCCCGGUGAAGCGCGCUUCCGAGUCGCAACUUGCUUCUCGGAAGAUCAUCGGUCGACCUCAAGCUCCUUCAAGCAAACUUUCCCAGAGCAUCUCGGCAUCCGAAAUCGCUCAUCGACCUUACAGCACGGCGCUUGGGACACCAAGGCGGAUGCCAGGAGACAACCCAAACAAGCCCUAUAUUGUGUCUUCAUCGGCCGUCGCGCCUGCGCCUGCGCCUGCGAACGUCUCGAAAUCAACGAGCUUCUCAGGUGUCACCUCGACACCUCGCAACCUUUUCCGCUCAUCGGCCCUGUACUCGCGGCCUGGGGUCUCCACCACUUUCUCCCCUCGUGUGCCUGCGAAUACACUGACCCAGAGUUUCCCCCCGAACACGCCCGGUAAACCUCCUAGAGGGUCCACUGCUGAUGUUAACGGCCGUAUCCUCGCCAACACCUCGUCUUCUGAGCUGUUUAAGAUGAGGAUCCCCGAACCUCCUCGGCAUCUCACCGGCGAAAUGUUGGCCAAAGAGGUGCCCGAUGAUCCCAACCGGUCCGGCUCCAUCUAUGCCGACGAAUUUCUCGCGCAUUAUUGCCCGCCUGAUCUAGACGAGCACCAGCGGCGCCAGUUCUUUUGCAUUCUCGACUUGCGACGGCUGAAAUAUGCUGCGGACGAAGUGUUUGUCAAAAAGGACUGGAAGAUCAACAUUCUGAACUUCGCCAAGGAAUAUGAGAAGAGCCGCAGUCUGAUCAUGUUGCGCUACGGCCUGUAUGAGUUCAAGACGGUUAGGGCAUCUGAGGCAGUCAAAAAAGAGUGGAAGGAGAAGCAUGGCAUCCCUGACUCGGACGAUGAGUCCGGCGUUAGAGCUGGCGGAAAAGCUAAGAGGAAAGCUGAGGAAGAUUUAGGGCCGAGCAGCACGCUGACGGAAUCGCCGUCCGGCGCGAACAAGCGCGCUCGCGGUCCAGAGGCCUCUGUCAAAAACAAGCGCAAGGCCGAUGCCGACCCGGACGACAACCAUCCAGCGAAGCUUCAAAAGCCCGCCGAAGCCGAGAAGCCUGCUCCCACUCAGAAACUGUCCUCUGCUACUAAGUCCGUCUUUGAGAGCAUUGCCAACAAUGCCCAGUCGGCCUCCGACGCCCCCUCGAAAACCUCUGGCAAGAGUCUGUUUGCCUCUAGCACAUCCAGCAAGCCCCAAGGCUCCAUUGGCCGGUCCCUCUUCGAUCCUGCGUCGAAGCCUGCUGGUGCCUCGGGAAAUAUCUUUGGUCAUCUCUCGGAUGAAAGCAAGGGCAGUGGUAAUGAAGGUGCAGAUGAAGAAAGUGAAACAAGCACCGACGCUGGAGAAGACUAUUCUGAAGCUCAGGAUGUCAGCCAGAGUGACGAACAGGCCGCAAGUGGCGGCGUAUCGACACCGCAGUUUCCAAGUGCUAAGGCGGCAACUACUACGAAUGGGUCGUCGAAUGUAUCCUCAGACGGCGAGAGCACCCAGGGCCGCAGCAUCUUUGACCGCAUCACGAGGGGCUCAGAUGGGCAGCCGAUUAGGAAGCUCCCUCCCAACAAUGGGAAUCUUUUCGGCACGCCGGAUGUCAUGGAACGGUCUGCAAGUCCAAACGCCUCAUUUGGCGGGCCCGCAUCCGGCAGCUUCAACUUCAGUUUCGGCGGCUCGUCUCAGCCAGGCGGUGCUCCCGUGUUCUCACAGAAUCCCCCUGCAGCGUCGUCGAUCUUUGGCAAUAGCCUAGCUCCCGGUGGGGGGACCUCAACAGGUACUAAUUCCCCUUUCACGUUCGGCGGGGCUUCAAGCUUGGCAACCACGCCAGCGGCGACUACCCCAGAGCCGUCCGCCAAAGCUGAGGAUGGUAAAGAAACAAACGCUGACGGGGAUGAGGCACCACAGGAGCAAAUUUCGCUAACCGACGGCGGCCCGGGGGAGGAAGACGAAUCCGCCGUCCAUGAAGUCCGAGCUAAGGCAGUCAAGCUGGUCACGGGGCCCGAUUCCGACGAGGACUCUAGCUCCAACGCGGACAAGGCGAAGUCGGCGAAGAAGAGCCCCUGGAAGGUCCAGGGCGUUGGGCCCCUGCGCCUGCUCAAGCACAAGACCACCGGCGCGGUGCGCAUGCUGCUGCGGGCCGAACCGCGCGGCCACGUCGCGCUGAACAAGAGGGUGCUGCCAGACUUUAGCUACAAGGCGGACAACAAGUAUGUCAAGUUGGCGGUAGCGACGGACGACGGCAAGGGCCUCGAGACGUGGAUGAUCCAGGUCAAGACCCCUGCGGCGGCACAGGCGCUUGCUGAGGCUUUGGAAGAACAUAAAAAGGCGAAUAAGAAGUAG